UGCUAAGUUCAGCCAGAUUUAUUCUAUUGACAGUAAAUUUUUCCAACAAUUUGGAAUGUCACUAACAGAUACGAGAAUAUCAAUUCAUAGGCUCAGAGGGCAUGAUUCACGCAGAAGUCUUUCUACAACAGAUGAAACUGCAAUGGCACCGGUGGUCCUUCGUCGUAAGCGAUCCUUGGCUCAGUCCUUCUCUCAAAGAGUUGUGACGGAACAACCCUUCCUGGACCCUCGGGAAUCAAAAACCUCGUGGGGACCGUCUGUUGGUCAAAGCCUGAGUCUAGAAUACAGAGACAGUCAAAUUACUGUGAGAGAAGGCGAUGAAAUUGAUGGAGCUACAUCAAAAUGGAAGCUAAAUAAUGUCAGAGCUAAGUUGGGUACCGUCAGAUUAUUAUUGUUUGAUUUUAAAACCUGGUACAGAAGAUGGAGAUAUAAAUCUUGGGAUAAUCCAUUUUUAUAUCAAUACAUAAGCCAUAUUGAACGAAAUUUCGGUUCUGGUAUUGGAGCAUUAUUUUUUUUUACUCGCUGGGUGAUAAUGUUAAAUACGUUUUUAGUAGUUAUCUGGUUAUUGUUUGUGGUUAUACCAAUGGCUAUAAACUUUGAUUAUUCCAGUAUUGACCGACCAUUUGUUUAUAGAAACCUCCUUGAUGGCCAGGGUCCUGUAGCAGAUUCCUGGGUAUUUUUUUGUUCAUAUAAACCUAAAAUUCUAGCUAAUGGUAUCAUCUUUCCCAAUUUUUACUACCACAUUGGAUUAGCCUAUCUUUCUAUGAUUUUAUUUACAUUCUUUGGUAGUUUAUUUAUUCUAUUACGAAACAUGGCGAUAGCUAGGAAGCCCAGUGUGUCCAACUCUCUCAAUAAACGCUAUCGUUUCUCUUUCCUGCUAUUUUCAUCCUGGGAUUUCUCAAUUACUGCAGAAGAUGCUGCCAUAAAUUUACGUAAAGGAAUCAUUAGCGCCUUGAAGACUUUAUUAGGACUAAAAUAUGUGGUAGCAGCCAUAGAUUCAGACCUUGUUCAACCGGUCUGCCGGUCAGUGAUUGAGGACGCUAAUUUACUACAGGUAUAUAUGACACCCGUGGCCUUCAGUUUGAUCAAUUUAUUUAUUCCUUUUUUUCUAUCAAAGAUACCUUUAAUAGAAAAGUAUAAAACUGGUCAAGCCGAGUUAAACAUCACCAUUUCUAGAAUAUUUUUCUUAAGAAUGGCCAACGUAUUUGCAUUGAUCAUGUCAUUGUACAGUAUGACCCUACAGUCUGAGAGGCUAGCAGUAAGUCGUGUCUGUAUAGGAACUAUUUUGGGUCAAGAAAUCUAUAAACUUAUUAUAAUGGACACCAUAAUACAUAUAGGAACAUUAGUUUGUCCAGUUUUGCCCUUGGUUGGAGCUGUAUCAAAUUUAAUAUUUUUCUUCUUGAACUAUGCAAUUGUCACCCAUACGUGUAAACCACCUAUAAAACGAUGGCGUCAAACUCGCAGGACAUUUUUCUUUAUGAGUGUUCUAUUAUUCACUCUAUUCUGUGUAAUUGUUCCAGUUUCUAUUGUUAUUGGAAGUCGAGUAAUAGAUCUAGGAGCUACAAGUACUGCCAAUGUUGUUGAAGGACCAUUUAGUGGACAGUUCAUACCUACAUCAGUGUAUACUUCUUUUGCUAAUAGUUUACCAAUAUAUUGGUUGAAACUGGUUUUAUUAUGGCUGAUAUCAAAUACAGUUGUUUUACCUUUGUUCCUUAUAUUGGUAUCUGUGUUAAGUUAUCAGAAGAUGAGACUAACUGGUGAGAAAACACACUGUCUUAUUCUACAGGCAGAGUUACAGCAGGAAAGAGAAGACAACAAAAAGUUAGUGAAAAAAUUACAAGAAGUUCGGUUGUAUGGAAAUAUGGCAUUGAAACUAUGAUACAGACACAGUUAUUGUUAAAUAGACUGAAAUUCUAGAUGUGCACCUAAUAAACACUCAGUUCAAUACUGUACACUGCACUGGACUAAAUGUAAAAUUAUGAAUCCGAUAUGUUAAAUUGUUAAAUUAAGAAUUCAUAAUUAAAUGUAAUCAAUAUU